UGGCUGCAAUGGCGGAGGCUGGGCCAGGUCAAAGCCAGGAGUCAGGAACUUCUGGGACCACGUGGGUGCAGGGGCCACGUGGGUGCAGGGGCCCAAGCGCUUAGGCCAUCCUCCACUACUUUUCCAGGCCGUCAGCAGGGAGCUGGAUCGCAAGUGGAAUAGCCAGGAUUCGAACUCAUGGCCAUUAUGGGAUGCCACCGCGGUAGGUGGAGCCUUCUCCGCCACAGCCCCGGCCCCAUAUUGGCCCCAUUUUCCAGAUGAGUAAACGGCAUACCCAGAAGCUCAGGCAUUCGCGCAGGGCACAGGGCCGGUGUGAGGUGUGUCCCACGUGCCAUCUCAGUGAGGGGCCAUCGAAGCGCCCGGCACGCAGUAGGUGCUAGAGAUAUGGGUACUGCUCCUCCUGCGACAGGGAGCCACCACACCGGUCUCCAACCGUCCUCCGGGCCCGCGGCCACCCAGCCCCGGGCCACCACAUCACAUGAGCCGUACUAUCUUUAGCCAGGGAGAUAUUUAUAUCCCCCGGGGAAGCAUUUUCCGCACUGGGGGAGCCCCGGCGUCAGCGGCCGCCUCCCCUCCUGCUCGCCAUGCCGCGGGGCCCGGAGGCCGCGGUGCAGGUGUGGGUGGGCGGCCAGCUCUUCGAGGCCGAGCGGGCCCUGCUGGUGGAGCACUGCGGCUUUUUCCACGGCCUCUUCCGCUCCGGCAUGCGCGAGGCGCGCGCGGCCGAGGUGCGCCUGGGCGUGCUGAGCGCCAGCGGCUUCCGCACCACGCUGCAGGUGCUGCGCGGGGAGCGCCCAGCGCUGGCGGCCGCCGAGGAGCUGCUGCAGGCAGUGGAGUGCGCCGCCUUCCUGCAGGCGCCGGCGCUGGCACGUUUCUUGGAGCACAGCCUCACGUCGGACAACUGCGCGCUGCUGUGCGACGCGGCCGCCGCCUUCGGCCUGCACGACCUGCUCCACAGCGCCGCGCUCUUCAUCCGCGACGGCGCGCGCGAGCUGGCGGCCGAGCUGGCCCUGCCCGAGGCGCGCGCCUACGUGGCCGCCCAGCGGCCCAGCAGCUACGUGGCCGUGAGCACGCACACGCCCACGCCCGGCUUCCUGGAGGACGCGUCGCGCACGCUGUGCUACCUGGACGAGGAGGAGGACGCGUGGCGCACGCUGGCCGCGCUGCCCCUCGAGGCCAGCACGAUGCUGGCGGGCGUGGCCACGCUGGGCAACAAGCUCUAUAUCGUGGGCGGCGUGCGUGGCGCCAGCAAGGAGGUGGUGGAGCUGGGCUUCUGCUACGACCCCGACGGCGGCACGUGGCGCCCGUUCCCCAGCCCGCACCAGCCGCGCUACGACACGACGCUGGCCGGCUUUGAGGGCUACCUCUAUGCCAUCGGAGGCGAGUUCCAGAGGACACCCAUGAGCUCCGUGGAGCGCUACGACCCGGCCGCCCGCUGCUGGAGCUUCGUGGCCGACCUGCCGCAGCCGGCCGCCGGCGUGCCCUGCGCCCACGCGCGUGGCCGCCUCUUCGUGUGCCUGUGGCGGCCGGCAGACACCACGGCCGUGGUGGAGUACGCAGCGCGGCCCGAUGCCUGGCUGCCGGUGGCCGAGCUGCGGCGGCCGCAGAGCUACGGCCAUUGCAUGGUGGCCCACCGCGACAGCCUCUAUGUGGUGCGCAACGGGCCUUCCGACGAUUUCCUGCACUGCGCCAUUGACUGCCUCAACCUGGCCACGGGCCAGUGGACGGCGCUGCCCGGCCAGUUCGUCAACAGCAAGGGCGCGCUCUUCACGGCGGUGGUGCGUGGGGACACGGUCUACACGGUCAACCGCGUAUUCACGGUGCUCUACGCCAUCGAGGGUGGCGCCUGGCGACUGCUCGGGGAAAAAGCCGGCUUCCCGCGGCCCGGUUCUUUGCAGACCUUUCUCCUGAGGCUGCCGCCUGGCGCUUCAGGGCCCAUGGCCUCCACAACUCCAGAACUGUGACCCCUGGGCCGGCUGGGGAGGUGGCGCCCUGAGUUUGCCCUGAGCCGGGGCUGCGUGUGUUGGGCGUGGCCUUAGGAACUGCCGGCAACCUGGCCCUCCUCGUGGAGACAGCCAGCUCUAGCGCCUUCUGGCGUGAACUUGGGCUCUGCUUAGGGCUUGGCUGGCAGUGCCAGUGAGGGUGGAGGGGACGUUGGGAUUUGAAGAAUCCAGGUUUGUAUGUGCAUGGGCCAGUCCUUGAGCACCGGCAGGGACUAGGUUAAGGGGCACUGAGCAAACUGUCAAUCAGUAGGCAAAAAUGAGGCACCUGCUGUGUGCCCACCACAGUGCUGGGUCUGAUGAGAGCUAUAGUUACAAGAGAGAGGUUCAUGCAGCUUAGAGUCUGGAUCUCAAGAGUUACGGCACAAGAUGGUUUGUGCACAUUGCCUUAAUGCAAGGUCUUUUUAAAAACAAAAUCCACCUUCAUUGUUAUAAAAGAAAGUACUGAAGAUAUCAGGGCAGGAGGAAAACAGGGAGAGGAAGCUACAGAAUUCUAGGGAAGAGGAGGCUGUGCAGACCGUGGGGGUGGGGGAUGAGAUCAGGCAGGACACAGUAGCUGCUGUAAGCACAGGCUCAUACCGGAGAGAGUGACAGCUCAGGAGAGAGUGACAGGCAGGGGGGGGGGGGGCCCGGAGCCGGUGGGAAGGGUCUCUGAGCCAAGUCGUGGAGGGAAAGCAGCUGUGGAUGGAGGGGUCAGGCAGGGGCUGUGGCCUGGCGGAUGUCGCAGGCAGCUGAGCUGAGCGGGAAGUGAGAUCUGUGGGAGGGAGGGAGGGUGCCCCCGGACUUCUCUGUGAAUGUGAAACCUCAGGGCAGCACCCAAGGGCGAGCCCCUUGCUCACCCCUUUCUUGCCAUCGGCGCAGGGGCACUGGACAGACGCCAUGACUUGAGGUCGCUCAAGGGAUGCACCCGGUGCUGCCUCCCCAUCUUCCUUGGUCGCAACCCCUCCCCCACAUUCUCGGGCUUCAGUCCCUCUUCCUCCCCUCUGCUGCUGCCUUUCUCUGGGCCUGAAGUGUCUUCCCUGCCCCUUUCUCUGUUGGCUCUGCACCCACCUUUUCUGUGCAGCUCCCCAUUUUUCUGACCUCUGUGCCUGCGUUAUUCACUGGACCCUUGGCUGCAACCGCUUUCUGUGUGUGUGUGUGUGUGUGCAACCUGUGCAGGGCUGUGCACCUCCCCACCUGCAGAAUAAAACAAUGAAGUCUUGCAAGCACUGGGGCUGCAGAGGCCACUUAGAGACCCCUGCUGUCAGACGAGGGCUCUGGUCCCUCCUUUAGAAUUCUCUGCCCUGGCCCUCCGGCCUCUCCGUGCCCUUGGGGCAGACGGCUCUAAGUGGUCUUCGAUGGCCUCCAUCCUGCAGGACCUCAUCAGAAGUGGGUAACACAGCAUCAGCAUGGCACCUCCUAGCCGUGGAGACAAGUGUCGAGGCUGCCCUUAGCUGCCUCUUCUCCUGACCUGUGGGCCAAGCCCAAGACAUAAGCGAAAGCUGCCCUCCAAGGCCUGAGCCCCGCCAGCCCCGGAGUAGCUUGGACUGAUGAGUCGCAACAAUAAACCGUGGCUUCGGCAUCCUGAUUGCUGUGCACAGGACUCUCACACCCAUCGGCCCCUUCAGACGGCCGCAGUCCUCGGAGCUGGGCACCUGCCCUGUGGUGGAAGAGACGCGGGACCCUCAGAAGCUGAAUGGCUGCUCUGAAGCCGCACAGCGUGGCAGAGUCCUUACUUGUGGUUCUGUUAAAGGAUGGAUUUUUACCACGUACCCGUGAUUUAUUUCACUUGCUAGGAGGAGAACCAGAGGAAUGAUGAAGCUGGUUGAAAAGAGCGCUCGCAAGAGAUCUAAUUAGUUGCACAGGACUUGCUGAUGACUAAGUUUGCCGAGUUAGGAGUGAAGCUACUGAAUAUCUUACGGGGCAUUGAAAUCAUACAUUUUAUGGUUCUUUUACUGGAAAAAAAAAUCCUUUGCAUCUUCACACACAUGUACGGGCCUAUCUAUGUGUGCAUCUGCAAAUUAGCCCAGAAUUUGACAAAGGCGGGGCCCUACUUGCUAAGAAAUUGUAAAAGCUAACAUUCCCCUUGAUGACGGAGUAAUUCUUUGCUUGCUGUCCACUGCCACCCUAGGACAUGCAGGCCUCCUUUUGCUUCUCUUUUUAAGAUUUUAUUUAUUUAUUUGAGAGGUAGAAUUACAGACAGUGAGAGGGAGAGACAGAAAGGUCUUCCAUCCACUGAUUCACUCCCCAAAUGGCUGCGAUGGCCACAGCUGGGCCGAUCCAAAGCCAGGAGCUUCUUCCGGGUCUCCCACAUGGGUGUGGGGACCCAAGUGCUUGGGCCAUCUUCUACUGCUUUCCCAGGCCAUAGCAGAGAGCUGGAUGGGAAGAGGAGCAGCCAGGACUCGAACCGGCAUCCAUAGGGGGUGCCGGUGCUACAGGUAGAGGAUUAACCUUCUGUGCCACAGCGCCGGUGCCUUGCUUCUCUUUCAAGUCGUGAGUAAUUUUUCUUGAGGAUUUCUUCCUGGCUCGCUGUCCUGACCAGUGCUGAGCACCUGCUGGCACAGGGACCCAUGACACUGAGCUGUGGGCCCUCGUGGCCGGAGACCUCAGUGCCCCGCUGCCCUGCAGCUGCUCCAACGGGGCCUGCUGGCCCUGCUGUUUGCUGUUCCUUCGGCUGAGCGCCUUUUCUGUAGCUUUGAUGCUUAAAGACAGAGUGCUCACGAGGCGCUUUCCCACAGCGGGCUCCCUUGAGCUUCAGAGAAUUGUGGAACCCCCACACCCCCUCUUAAAGGAAAACAAAACAAAACCCGCCCCCAGGUCACACAGUUGGGAGAGACCCAGUUAGGAAGUGGCGGAACCUGGCUCUGAACGCAGGGCCAUUUGCUUGUGCUGUGUGCUGGGCUCCUGCUUGGCUGAGGAGCAGGGUGUCUGGCGGCCUCCCUAAUAAGCCCCUCCCCUUGCCCUGCUCUCUGCAGCCUCACCUCUUUGCGGGGCUCAUCUGACUCUCAACGCCCUGAACCCCAAGCUCUCCCCUCCCUGCAAAUGCGCCUGCUUUGCUAAUACGGCCCGUUGGGCACAGGCAGAGAAGCCGGCCUCCCCGCAUCCCACCGGGGCUGGCGGCCUUGCUUUCUCCCCUUCAGUCGUCACCUGGCAGCCAGGGCCUUGCUCACGACAGUCAGUCGGGACGUGUGGCUCUGCAGCUCAGCAGCCGCGGGAGGGCCCCUCGCCCACUCCAUUCCGGAUCUCUGACACCAUUCCCCUGGCCUCACUGCUGCUCUGUAGACACAGCAGGCACACACACACACACACACACACACCCAGCUCGCGGGCUUUAAAUGGGGCCCUCUGCCUGGCUCACCCCCCAGUUCCCCAAGGUCCUGUGCCCGGAGGCCACUUCCCUUUGGAGGCCUUUCUUUCUUUUUAGGUUUAUUUAUUUAUUUUAAAAGCAGAGUUAGAGGGAGCGACAGAGACAGAGAGAGAGGUCUUCCAUCUGCAGGUUCACUCCCCAAAUGACUGCAACAGCCGGAGCUGUGCUGAUCCGAAGCCGGGAGCCAGGAGCUUCUUCCCAGUCUCCCAUGUGGGUGCAGUCCUUGGGCCAUCUUCUAUUGCUUUCCCAGGCCACAGCAGAGAACUGGAUGGGAAGUGGAGCAGCCGGGACUCGAACCAGCGAUCAUAUGGGAAGCUGGUACUGCAGGCGGCGGCUUUACCCGCUGCACCACAGCGGAGGUCUUCCUACCGCCCCCUUCUCAGCAUUCCCCAGUCCUUUGGCGGCAUCGUCUUCCGUGUUGUUUCCUCCUGUUGUGUUUCUGCCUGCUAAAAUGUGAGCUCUGUGAAGACAGAGGUUUUUGUCUGUUUUGUCUGUUUUCCCUGCUCAACCACCAGUGCCUAGAAUGUAGACAGAACUCAAUAAAUAUUUGUUUUUUAAAAAAAUUAAUUAACUUAUUUGAAAAGCAGAGUGAUAGAAGGCUCUUCAUC